AUGGGUUUCGGUGCUAUCAGAUCAAGUGGUGUUUGUUUUCCUUGAUAAUUGCUUGAAAUACACACCCUUCAGGCGAGGAUACGGAAUAUAAGCCGUAAUUUAUCAGGCACCGAGCAUAGGAUAAGUGGCGAGGGCUCGUUUAUGAGCUGGUUUAUUUGUUUACGCGAGGCAUUAUCUGCUGUGAGCGCUUGUCACGUGCCCCGCACUCCGGUGGGGGGACAAAAGAAGCACACGCGCGCCUUUUUCUGUGUGGUCGUGUGCAACGUGUUCUUUGUUCCUCCUCGGGCGCCAGCCCUCCGUUUCCCGCCAUCCUCCACGGUCUUCGCGUGUCCACUAAGAGCAUCAAGCGAUGGCGUAGAGAUAACCACAGUCUUAGAGCAACAUUUUAUCCUCCACCCUUCUUCUCUCUCUCCUUUGUGUACCCGUUCUUCACCCUCUUGCAGAAAAGGUUCUCGCGGGAUUGUCUGAUUAGCGAGUACGGUGACGCCAUCAAUGCGUCAAACUGGUGUCUGGAGAUAGAGCGAGUGCGCGUGCGCACAAGGCGCUGGAGACUAGCCGCCAUAGGUCACAUGCAAGGCAGAACCCGACGCCCCUGGAAAAAUAAGCACGGCCCCCGACCAACCUGGAACCGCUUUCUCCGAGCGGGCGAGGCAGUGCUGGUGGUGGUGAAGGUGGCGGUGGUGGCAGCAGAGAGUGAGAGGAAAGAGUGCGUGUGCUGCGCCCGCUAACGUCGCGCAAGUGGAGUCGGUGUGUGAGUGCGUGGUGCGGUGCGUGCGUGUGUGUGUGAGCGCGCAGAAGGCUGAGACGUCACGAGGAAGCGUGUAGUGGCGGGCGUGUUCUGCUAGUGGUGGUAGGAGUAUCGAGCUGUGUGUGUGUGUUGAUGUGCGUGAAUGUGUGUGUGUAGCGCGCCUGCCAUCUGACCCUCCCUCUCCCCCACUCCCCACCGCCCAAACCGUGCACCUCCACUCUCAUCUUCCGCCGCGUGCUGGUGCGGAAAGUUGUGGCAGUUCGGCGAAGUGACACACCGACUACGGUGACACCACGACGUCACCACGGCUCGAGUUUCGAACCAUGGGGCUGCAGGCCAUGGCUGCGGGUGUCGAGGCAACGGAUUACUUGCCCACUUUGCCUCUCGACCAGGCCGUGCCCCGAAGUGUGCUGUUCCGGCGAAGAGAUGGGGUAUCUUUCUGCUCCAGUACCAGUUAUGUCACUGCACCCCGCCUUGAGCGGAGAGGGGGCAUCUCCUACGACCGGACGGACAAAAAUGCAGUGUACGUGCGGGCACUGGGUGAUGGCAGGAUGAGGCUGAUACACCCAGAAUCAGGCAGUGAUACUGCCCUCGUGAUAAGGGAAUCUGACUCCAGGCUACUUGAAAGACUCAGAUUACCAGACUACAAAAUUCGCUUCAGAUCACGUUUCCUUAGUUUUCACAAGAUUCACAGGCGGCGGCGGAGUUUCUUGACACUAAGCUAUGAAAAUAAGCAAGUGCUGGAUGAUUACUAUGCAUUGCCAACACAGAAAAUGUUGUCGCAAGUUUAUUCCUGGAAUUUCGACAUUUUUCAUUUUGAUACAUUGACAGGUGGUCGCUCAUUGCUGUAUCUUGCAUAUCACAUAUUCAAGGAAUACAACUUCAUCCAGACAUUUCAGCUGGACACAAUCAAGUUGUUGCAGUUUUUUUCAUUAGUUGAAGACAAUUAUCAUGACAGCAAUCCGUAUCACAACAUUGUCCACGCAGCAGACGUCACUCAAGCUAUGUGCUGCUUUAUACAGGAAAAACGGUUGCAAGAGACCAUGACUCCAUUUGAAGCUAUGAUAUGUUUAAUUGCAUCGAUGUCUCAUGAUCUGGAUCAUCCAGGUGUCAAUCAGACAUUCCUUAUACAUACAGCCAAUCAUCUAGCAAAGCUUUACCAGAACACUUCUGUGCUGGAAAUGCAUCACUGGAGAUAUGCAAUAGGCCUUUUGCAGGAAUGUGGGCUUCUUCACCAUUUACCACGAGCACAGUGGGCUUCAGCCAUCUAUCAGAUCAAAUGUCUCAUCCUGGCCACAGACAUCUCUAGACAGCAAGAAUUCCUUGUGAAACUCAGGAGGUGUUUGGACUUGAAUGAGUUUGAUCUUGCUACCAGCGCUUCUGACCGUCUGUUUAUUCUUCAGAUUGCACUGAAGUGUGCUGAUAUCAGCAAUCCAUGCAGAAUAUGGAGCAUCAGUGAGCGAUGGAGCAAACAAGUGGUGGAAGAGUUUUUUCGACAAGGAGAUCUUGAAAGAAAAAUUCAGGUUCCUGUCACCCCAAUAUGUGAUAGAACUAACAACACAGUGGCAAAAGUCCAGACUGGUUUCAUGGAGGUACUGGUGCGACCUCUAUUUGUGGAAUGGCAGCGAUUCCUACCCACACCUCUGAGCCAGAUGAUGCUGGACAAUAUAACUGCAAAUCAAACAGCGCUGGCAGAUCGUCAGUGAACAGGAGGCAGCUGCAGCUGCUAGAAUAGAGACCGACAGUUCUUCCUCUCGUGGUGACAGCUCACAGAGUCGGAGCCAAGCACCAGACAGCAACCUUAACUACAGUCCUCAUGGUGGGCCCGACUUUGAACUUAGUGAAACAGAAGAGGAGGAAUUAGAGGAAGAGGAUGGAGAUGCUUGUGAGGAGACUGGUGCUAGGGAGAAUGAGGUUCAUGCAGUGUUUCCUCAUGAGAUAGAUCAUGAGCACCUCAGUGAAGAGUUGCAUCUCCUGCCUCCUCUUUCAGAAAACAGACGAUUCCAAUUCUUCACAGCACAUAAGCGACGCCACAGCAUGCCCAACGUGCGCAAAGAUCUCAGUUUCUACAUGGGCCUUCAUCAUGACAGUUUUCUCCGUCCAAACUUUCUUCGCCGCCAAAGCCUGCCUUCCACCCAUUUUUGCUCCUCCGUCCUGCAGUCGCUAGGGUCCACGGGAACUAGAAUAUCUGAAUUUGAACAUAGCAAAGACAAGAGGCUGUCAGUGGAACUGCUGACUUCACGGCCCAAGAUAUCCAGCUUCAUCUCCACUGUUGACAUGCAACUUGAUUACCUCAGUUUUGUGCCCUUGAUCACACAGACUCACAUGCUGCAGGGUGAAACUGUGGACACCUGCAUGCAAGCAAGUGGCUGCAUGUCAUUGGGACAGCCCUCUAAGAUGCUAGUACAGGAUGCUGAUAGGCUUGGGGAUGCAAUGAGCCGAGCCCAUGCUGGUGAUAGGCUGCAGCAGCCAGAGGUGGUUGGCCUGGCAGCUAGCUGGCCCAGCAUCCUUAAUAUGGGAAACAGAGACGUGCAAGCAAGUAUUAAGCAUCUAGUCAGCAGGACAGUAGAUGACACUUAUGUAGUGUCUGUUGCUGACAGCAAUGCAGAAUCUGAGCACGAAGCAACCAACCACAACAGCAACAAUUUUCACAACUGCUUUUCACAUCCACAACCAGCAGAAGUGGAUUCUUUACUUAACAGGCCACAUUGAAUUUAGGAACAAUGAAAAAAAAUAGUUGCACAUUUUCUCCAAAGGCUGCUCCCUAUCUCUUUGAACACAUUGUGUUGGCCAUUACCAAAAGCGGCAUAAUAAUAAUCAUAUUUCUUGCAACGUGUGAAACAUUGAACACAGGCUUUGCUUGUUAACUUUAAAGACAGUUUUUUGGUUGUAUAGUUUUUGCAUUCUGCUUAUCUUCAGAAACACAGUGGCAUUUGUGAAGCAUGGAUGCAUGCUCUCAUUUGAAGGGCAGCGUUCAGUAGCAACAAGAUGUAUUGAAGCAUAUUUGUCUGCUUGCUUCCAAAAUUAACUGUGUGACACAUAGAUGCAACUUUUAAAAGGCUUCUCACUUCCAGCCAACCAUCUCAGGUGAAGUAUAGAUCAUUACCAAGUAUCCAGAGGUCUGGAGACCAUCCACUUAUUUCUUUCUUGUUUGGAGCUAAUGUGUAUCAGACAUCAUUCCUUUCAGAACAUGACCAGACAAACAUACUAUUCUAGUAGAAUAGGUUUUGUAUAUUCACCUGUUUUCCAAAAACAUGACCAGCCCUUUUCCAUAUCAUUGACAAGUGUGGACUUGCUGACUGUUAGAAACAUUAAUGGUGACUAGUGAGAGAGAGAGAAAUCAUGAGAAGUUUGUGAAUACCCAUGCCAGUCUUAAUUUAUUUGAUGAGUUACCUGUUAGCAGAAAGUUUUUAACAGGGUUGUGACAUGCAUACUUCUACAUCAUAGUGCUGAGCUCUGUGUAAGUGUCCAGAAUGUGUGUUUUAUGUUCUAGAUCCUCUUAUUGUGAGAAUACUGUACACUUUUGCUAAUGGUAUGAUUCAUGUUUGGUGCAAGAGAAUUUUACCAUUUGUGUAAUGAAAAUAAUGCCUGUAGAGUAUUUGGGUAAUAACAAUGUAAUAGCAUGUCAUGUUUGCUAAAUAGGACCUCUACUCAUUGUUGGCAGCUCUGGAGAAAUGAAUGUUUUAAUAGUUUUAAAUUUUAAAUGAGACUAUCUUGUGACCAUUACAUUUCUUCACUUGUUUUUUUAUAGCAUUGUAAUUAUGUGUUUGAACACAACCAAAGGGCAUAGUUUAUCCAUCUUUUAUCAUCAACUGUUUUAGAAUCUGGAUGGUAUCAGCUUGCUGUAUUUGGUGAAAAAAAUUUCUUUUUCCGGGUUAUGAAUGAUUAUGUAGGAUAAAUAGCUUUGGCAUGUUGAUCCAAGUACAUAGCUUACCUCGCUGCAGACAGUUUUUAUGUGAAGGUAUAUAAAUGACUGACUUUCUUGAGACUGGCCACAGCAGUGUUACCUAAACACAAUUUAUGCUCUGGUUUAACAUAUUCAAGCUAUUGACUUAAGUUCACAUGCAUCUGUUGGUCACUGCAUUGACACAUACAAUAGUGGUCACUAUUACACACACUAAGAACCCUGAAUAUAGUGUUUAAUUCAAAUGUCUAGCUCAGGACUUGUCUGUCUCUUUCAGGGAUUGUCAUUUAAUUUAGAGUAACUGUGGUCUUGCCAUGGUAUGGAUAUUUUGCUGCAUACAGAAUAUUUGAGGUUACUCUCACAGCACACAUACUUUUCUCUAUAUUUAGGUUGUAAAGGUAAUUGGCAUAAAUCCCUCUUUAAGACACAUGAAGGCAGUAAUAGCAUGAACGUGUAUUGAUAGUUCGUGGUAAUAGUUUUUAAAACUUUAUAGCAAGACUCAGUCGGCCCAAAUAGAUUCAGCCUUCAACUCUCUGUAAAAGGUCUAUUUUCUUUUUCUAAUUUAAAAGCAGUUUUUUGACAUGUUGUUUCAUGGUAGUGCGUUAGCACAGAUGCUGUCAACAUAUUUAGGACGUACUUAUCCAGAUGCUCCAGCAGCACAACGCUUAACAGUCCUGUAAACUACUUCCUGGGUCUUUCUAGUUUAACUAGUUAACUGUAGUUAAACUAAGAGAAGUAUUAAUUAAAUCUGUCCUUUGGCCUUGACCUGUAUCUUGCUGCUUUGCUUUUACAUUUAGUGCAACAAUAAGCUGCUCAGUAAAACUGCACACUUUACCUAAUGUUUUUUUUAAAUUCAGCUUUUAUAUUUUUAAAAAGUAGAUAACUGCUGUGCAAAAAUUCUAGUACCAGACCUCUCUCAAGAUACCUUUGCUGUAGGUUAGUCAGGUUAUUAGGAAUUCUGGAAAUAAAAACUUAAUAUAUACAUGUAUAUAUACAUGUAGACGUAUCAUCAAGUAGAUGCCUACCCUGGGUAUUGAUGUGACGGAGUAAAAAGAGCAGCAUAGACUUGAGAGAAAAUAAUAGUAAAAUAAAUGACAGACUCAUGAAUGUUGGUUGUACGAAACACUUUUUAUGAAAAAAAGUUUUAGUUUGGUUGGUAAGUUUUAAAAUCAUUCCUGUAUCAUGGAACAGCAUCCUCAGGGAAGGCCGACUCAGAUGGUCAGAGGCAGACAUUUUGAACUACAAGCACUCCCUACAUGUACACCUAAAAUGUUGAAGAUGCCACAGAAAACUGUCAUUAGUGAAGUUUGUUUAGCUGAGAUAUUUAUUGAAAUUGGCCAGUAUGGAAAAUCCCCAGAUUUUGUUAUUUGCAAUUAUUUGCUAAAGAUAUAUAGGUCAAGAUGUGACCAUCUCCAUUUUCUUUUUAGUCUAUUAAAUGUGUGCAAGAUUGUGACUGUCAUUAGCGAAAAAUUUCUAAUAAAAGAAUAAGAUGUAAAGGUUUUUUUUCCUAUUUAAACAUCAAUGUAUAUGUCUGAAUUUGCAUCUGAAAAUAGUUUCACGUGUGUUUAAGUUAGGUACUUAUUUUAUUACCUUGUCCCUCAAAUUUACAUUGAUAAAUAUACAUUAUCACAAAUAAAAGAUAUUAAAAACAC